CGCCUGCCAGCGUUCGUUUCGUCCAUAACGACGUCGCGGUGCCGGACUUCUCUGCCUAUCGUCGUCGGGAUGUGCUAGAUGCCACCACGUCUUCUCAGAGAAGCAGUGAAGCUCGAAAAGGCUUUUCCUACCUGUUGACCGCAACGACCUGUGUAGCAACCGCGUACGCAGCUAAGAGUGUGGUCACCCAGUUCGUGUCCAGCCUGAGCGCCUCUGCUGACGUGCUAGCACUGUCAAAGAUCGAGAUCAAGCUGUCUGACAUUCCAGAAGGCAAGAACAUGGCUUUCAAGUGGAGAGGGAAGCCGCUCUUUGUGCGUCACAGAACCCAGGCAGAGAUUAAUCAGGAAGCUGAAGUUGAUCUGUCUAAACUGAGGGAUCCACAGCAUGACUUAGACAGAGUAAAGAAACCAGAGUGGGUGAUAUUAGUAGGUGUCUGCACUCAUCUGGGUUGUGUACCCAUUGCUAACUCUGGAGAUUUCGGCGGUUAUUACUGCCCUUGCCACGGGUCCCAUUACGAUGCCUCUGGCAGAAUCAGGAAAGGUCCCGCUCCCUAUAACCUCGAGGUUCCGACUUACCAGUUUCUUAGCGAUGAUGUAGUGGUUGUUGGCUGAAUAACGAGGUGCUUGCUCACGGUCGUGUUCCUCUGAAUGUACACUCAAAGGGUUAAUUGAGAUUGUGGAAUGCUGUAAAACCAGAUGAUCCUGAUAACUAUUAGCUGUCUAGAUCCUCAACCAGAAGUAUGUUCGAAUACUUCCCCUGUGUUCAAUUUUAAUAAAAACUUGGAGUGAGCACUUGU